UUGGCCCUCAUGUCAGUACGACACACAGAAGAUCUCCAGUUAAAGACAAUGAUCAGCCUGCUCAUCACAGUUUCGGUCGCAACCGAUCUGGUUAAAGGAGUUUUGGAAUGCAAUUUAACCAAACCUACUGAAACCCAGCAGUGUGUCGGAGCACUUGGGGAGCCACUGAUUCUUCACCUGCCAGUUAAUGAAACUAUAAAAACAAAGCUGAUAAAGGCUUUCGAUGGCAAGUUUCUACAGAAAACCAACAUCAGCCUCAAAAUACUGGCUGCAGUGACACAACCAGCUGUGUCUCACAGGUGUUUGUCAGCAGAACAGAUGACCGUCAGCUGCUCAGCUGAGGGAGAUGAAGUGGACUUCACUUUGUCUUUGGACAACAACAUACUGAUACACAGCAGACCAGACAGCACAGAGAGCCAAAACCUUACUAAGAUAACAAUUACGCUACACGGUCAACUUGUAGGAAAGCUGGUGUGUGAUGUUCAGAACAACGUCAGCAGGAAGCAGACAGACGUCCAGGUGACAGGCUGUCAUACUCCUUCCAAAGGAUGA